CUAUUUUGCUGAAUGGAGCCUAUUACACCAGCCGAUUUGCUCAUUCACCUGCAAACAGUCAAAUUUAAAGACAAUAAAAGAGAAUUGGUGGAGAGAUGUUCUCGAAAAGAGAGACCAAAGACUUGUCUAGCUCGAUUAGAGCAACAGCACUAUUGCAAAAUUCUUGGAUCUCGACAUUGCUACAAGUGUGAAAGAUCUUUACAAAGAAAAAAGAGCGCAGAUUUCGCUGCAAACUAUCCUUCUACUAUGAGGUUAAGUGAAAAAAAUUUGGCAACAGCAAUACUUGCUGCAAAAAAUCUUCCAAAGGAAGCUCCGGAAAGUAUUGAAGACGGGGUAGCGCGAGGGGAGAUUUCGCCUGCUACUUUUCCGAUUGCUCACUUGUCGAAACGAAGAUCAUACUCUGCAAAGCCUAUAUUGAGCAGCAAAAAUGAUUCAGUCAAAAACGGGAAGGAGUCUUAUGCGUUUUUUACAAACAUUCGGGAUCUUAAUUGUAAAUUGACAUCUGGGCUAAUUAGUGAAGAGCUAUUACCUCAAAGGAUAAAAAAAAAAGCUACUCUGUACAAGAAUCCUUUUCCAAGUUUUAUCAGCUGCAGAAAAACAGCCUCAGAAGAAUCGGAAAAAAAGAAUCUAUUCUUUGAACCUCCGUUAUUACCUAGGGUGUCUCAAAACGCCGAGCCGUCUUUUUUUGCGGGAAGUGCUGAUGAGUAUAAAUUACCGGAAAGAUUGCCGGAUAAUAUUGAAUCUUGA